AUGCAUCUCCUCUCUUCGCUCGCCGCCCUGGCGGCUGCUAUCACAGUGGCCUUCGCGGAUGUUCAGCAGUGUAAUGCAGAGAAUGCCUCUGUUCGCAAAGAAUGGGGCUCUCUCACCCCCGACGAACAGCUGGGCUAUAUCGACGCCGUCUGGUGUCUGCGCAGCCUUCCUUCUCGCCUCCCUAACGAGCAGUACCCCGGUGUCCAAGACCGCGUGGAUGACUUUGUUGCAACGCACAUCAAUCUCACUAUGGUCAUCCAUCGCAAUGCUCCCUUUCUCCCCUGGCACCGCCAGUACAUUCACCUCUGGGAAACAGCUCUUCGUGAGGAAUGCGGCUACAAUGGAACUGUCCCCUACUGGAACUGGACCAAGAACCCCGAUCUCUACACAAAUCCCGUCUUCGAUACCACGCAAUCCCCCGAAACUUCCCUCUCCCUCUCUGGCGACGGUGCCUACGUCGCACCCAGCCCUACAGACCCAGAUCCAGACCCAGGCCUCGACUUCGCGCCUGGCCGCGGCGGUGGGUGCGUUCUCGACGGUCCCUUCAAGGACUGGCCGGUACGCAUGGGUCCGUUCUCGGCUGCGCAGGCAUACCCGUACGCACCAGUUCCAGAAAACGCCUUCGCGCAUAACCCGCGGUGUCUGCAGCGCAACUUGGAUGUCGCGCGGAUACAGUACUACAACAACCCCUCUGUUCUAGAGUCCUUGCUCGCUGCGCCCAGUAUCGCCGUUUUCCAGGAUAUACUGGAUCGCACGAUCCCUGGGACUUGGCAACAGGCGAUUGGCGCGCAUGGGGGUGGGCAUAUCUCUGUGGGACCGACGUUGGCUGAUGUUUUUGCCUCGCCGCAGGAUCCAGUCUUCAUGUUGCAUCAUGGGUUUAUUGACCUGCUUUGGGAUGCGUGGCAGAGAUCUGGGUCUGAUACUGGGGAGGGAACUGAUAGAAUGAGGGCGUUGAAUGGUACAACAAUGUAUACAAAUCCUCCCGGGGCCGAGGAGGCGACGCUAGAUACCGUGAUGGAGUUUGGGGUUUUGGGGAGCCCGAAGAAGAUAGGUGAGGUCAUGGAUAUUCGGGGAGGCGAGUAUUGUUACCGGUAUGAGUAG